CAUUCAUCGAUAACUUCAGUUCUUCUCCACAACUUUGUCUAUUCAUAAUCGUUCCGUUUCUAAGAUGGGAAAAUCCUCAAAGGAUAAGCGCGAUGCGUAUUACAGGCUCGCAAAAGAACAAGGAUGGAGAGCUCGAAGUGCUUUCAAAUUAUUACAACUCGAUGAAGAAUUCGACCUCUUCUCCGAUGUUACUCGUGUCGUAGAUCUUUGCGCUGCCCCGGGAAGUUGGUCUCAAGUCCUAUCCCGAGUCUUGAUUAAAGGAGAGAAAUUUGGUCGGGCAGCAUGGGAAGACAAGGAGGCUAGAAUGCGACAAAACAUACUUGAAAUCAACACCCCAUCCUCAACAGAAGAGAAGCAGCUAUCAAACGAGACCGAACUGAAACCUAAAAAAGAUGUAAAAAUCGUGGCUAUCGAUUUACAGCCCAUGAGCCCGUUACAGGGAAUCAUAACACUUCGGGCAGACAUUACACAUCCUGCGACUGUCCCAUUACUUCUAAGUGCUCUCGAUUCUUCUUAUGAUCCGAAAUCCUUGUCACAACAAGCCUCAAAUCCCGUGGAUCUUGUUAUUAGUGAUGGUGCUCCUGAUGUUACAGGUCUUCAUGAUCUAGACAUUUAUGUCCAAUCACAAUUGCUUUUCGCCGCUUUGAAUCUGGCACUUUGUGUCCUUCGUCCAGGUGGAAAGUUUGUUGCAAAGAUCUUCAGAGGAAGAAAUGUUGAUCUUCUAUUUGCGCAAUUGAAGAUCUUCUUCGAAAGGGUGGUUGUUGCAAAACCAAGGUCGAGUCGUGCAAGCAGUGUAGAAGCUUUCAUUGUCUGUUUAAAUUUCCAACCCCCAGAGGGAUUCAAAGCUAGCAUGGAGGAUCCUAUGGGUGUUGGGGAUAGAUUAGCCAAAAUGGUCGAUACAGCUGUCAGUCAAAAGCCAACAGUUCCACCUAUUCAUUCACAAAACAUCGAAGAUGGCACUUCGUCAGAAAAUCAAGUCAAGACAACGACACGAAGAGAAGAUGGAGUGUGGGAAGUUAAACUUCCUAAUGAUGAAGCUAAAGCUAGAAAUUCAGGAAGAUGGAUAGCUCCAUUUUUAGCAUGUGGGGAUUUGUCUGGCUAUGAUGCUGAUGCUUCAUAUCAUUUACCAAAGGAUCGAAUCACACUUGAUCCAGUACAACCUCCAACGGCACCUCCAUACAAGAGAGCUCUUGAAAUGAGGAAAGCGGCAGGUGGAGCAUAUGGAAAAACUACGACGGGAAAGACAGAAUAGGAAUCGUGAUAUUUCAAAAGUAUAGGAAGGAAUAGCGAGGCGUUACGGUGGGGAUACAUCUGUUUUGAAUAGCAGAUGGGCUUCGUCAAUUUAAAGGGAAGGACGUUCCAGGGGACAAGGUCUUCCUGUAUGAACAAAUGAAUUGAGAAAUCACUACAAAACCGCUACUCCCAUAUUAUCUUUCUUGCUGUGAAAACACAACUUGUGCUUUUUCUGAGUCAAGAGUAAGGAAGAAUACACCGAAUUUGAUAUCAGAUAUGUAGCGGGGAACUCAUUGAGGAUGGAGUGGAGAAGAAAGUUUUCCCUCA